UAAGUAUCACCACCGCCACUAAUUUACAAAUGGUGAAGGAAGACUUUCUUCUAUAAAAUAUGAAAAAUAUACCUUAUCCUAUGAAACCUAUCCACGCGUCAAAUCCAUUAUCUCCUUAAGAUAUCAGUGGCUACUAACACUCAAACAAGGAUAAAAACCCAUCAAAUCCCCACCGUCCCACCCCCUUCCCUACUCACCAUCCUAACCGUCCACCCCUUCCUCCUUCAUAUCAAUCAAUCCCCAAAACCUUCAAACAUACCACUUCCUUUCAGUUCCACAAACUCUCUCUUCGCAUCAUCAAACCAAGAGUGAGAGUGAGAAAGAGAGCCACCCAAUUGACCAAUGGCCGCCCUCCAACACACCCCAAUCUCUCUCCAAUCCCAAAACCCAUCAUCCCCACCACAACUCUCCUCCACCCUCACCCCCAGAACCUCCACCCUCUCCUUCUCCUUCUCCUCCACCUUCACCCCCAUCCCCCUCAAGCUCUCCUCCUCCGCCGCCGCCGUCGUCACCCUCCGCCGAAACGGCGGCGGAGCCCUCGGCGCCAGAAUGAACUCCUCCGCCGCCGCCAGCUACGCCACGGCGUUGGCCGACGUGGCCAAAUCCAACAACACCCUCGAAACCACGGCGGGCGACGUGGAGAAGAUCGAGAAGUUCUUCGGCGAGCCGUCGGUCUUCGACUUCUUCAUCAACCCCACCAUCGACCUCGACAAGAAGCGCAAGGUCCUCGACGAAAUCGCCAACUCCUCCACCCUCCAACCCCACACCGUCAAUUUCCUCAACAUCCUCGUCGACGCCAAGCGAAUCGACCUCAUAAAGGACAUCGUAAAGGAGUUCGAGGUGGUUUACAACAAAAUCACGGACACGGAGCUGGCCAUCGUGACCUCGGUGGUGAAGCUGGAGUCGCAGCACCUGGCGCAGAUAGCGAAGCAGGUGCAGAAGCUGACGGGGGCGAAGAACGUGAGGAUCAAGACGGAGAUUGAUCCAAGCUUGGUGGCCGGGUUCACUGUGAGAUAUGGCAACUCUGGGUCGAAGCUUAUCGAUUUGAGCGUGAAGAAGCAGCUUGAGGAGAUUGCUGCGGAGCUUGACUUGGGUGAUAUUAAGCUCAAUUUAUAACUGCCCAUUUGCUCUUUUGAUUUCUUCUUUUUUAAUUUUAUUUUAUUUUGAUUAUUUUUUUUUUGGUAUGGUGUAAUGUGUAAAACCACGGUUGAAUAUAUAAUGUAUGUUUUCUUGUUGGGGAAAUUUUACUCCUCUUUGUGGUUUUGGAAUUACAAAUGAUGGAGGCAAUUUUGAA